CCUCCAGGGCUGACAAAACCAAACCCAGUCAUAUCACAGGGAGGGAGGAGACUUCCUUUACUCACCCAUUAAUCACCUGCAGUUAUGCUGAGCUCGCCCUGCCACUAUUACACCACUACCCAGGAAGCAGGCACCGGGGCUGCCAGGUUACUCCCAGCACGGCACCAGCUUCAGCAACCUCCAUCAAGUCCAUCUGAGAGCCAAGACUGAGCCUGGUGGAAGCCGGUCAGCUGUGGGCUGGGGUGCACGUGGUGGGGCAGCAGCACCAUGCGGCUGUGCGAGAGGAGCCCCAUGUCAGGGCGGCGGCGGUGCGCGUUGCUGCUCGGCUCCCUGCUGCUGGCUGCUGCCCUGGCCCUGCGCAGCGCCACGCGGCCCUGCCCCGACACCCACCUGGACGCUGCCACCCAACCCCGCUGCCGCCAGCUCCUCUACCAAGUGCUGGAGCUCUCCCCCGGCAGGAGGAUCAACUGCUCAGGGAUUGUCCACGGGGAUGCAAAAGCCAUCCAGGAGGCCCAGCUCAGCAACCUGGAGGUUGGGAAGAAGAAGGUUUCCCUGACACCUACAGACUACCUGAACAUGACGAAGGACUGCAGCAACUUCAAGGAGACCCGGAGGUUCAUCCAGUUCCCACUGAGCCAGGAAGAGGCAGAGUUCCCCAUCGCCUACUCCAUGGUCAUCCACAACAAGAUUGAGAUGUUCGAGCGUCUCCUGCGGUCCAUCUACACCCCACAGAACAUCUACUGUGUCCACAUUGACAACAAGUCUCCGUCUACCUUCCAGAAGGCUGUGAGGGCCAUUGUGGCCUGCUUCCCCAAUGUUUUUGUGGCCAGCCGCCUGGAAAAAGUGGUCUAUGCCUCCUGGUCCCGACUGCAAGCUGACCUCAACUGCAUGCAGGACCUGUUGCAGAGCCCUGUGCCGUGGCGCUACAUCCUCAACACCUGUGGCACUGAUUUCCCCAUCAAGACCAAUGCUGAUAUUGUCCGUGCCCUGAAGCUCCUACAGGGCCAGAACAGUAUGGAGUCAGAGAAGCCCUCAGCCAUCAAACAGGAGCGCUGGCACUACCAUCACGAAGUGGGGGAGUCUAUCUCACGGACAGCCACAGAGAAACUGCCACCACCCCACAACUCUCCCAUGUUCACAGGCAACGCGUACAUCGUGGUCUCACGGGCCUUUGUGCAGCACAUCUUUGAGAACCCCACGGUGCAGCAGUUCCUUGAGUGGGCCAAGGACACCUACAGCCCCGACGAGCACGUCUGGGCCACCCUCAACCGCAUGCCCGGUGUGCCAGGUGCCAUGCCCCAGAAUGACAAGUUCCAUCUCUCGGACAUGAUUGCCUUGCCCCGUGUGGUCAAGUGGCAGUACAUGGAGGGUGACACCAGCAAAGGUGCGCCCUACCCGCCCUGCACCGGCCAGCACCAGCGGGCGGUCUGCAUCUACGGGGUGGGUGAUGUGCCCUGGCUGCUCCAGCAGCACCAACUCUUGGCCAACAAGUUUGACCCCUUGGUGGACGAUGCCGCCAUACAGUGUCUCGAGGAGCACCUGCGCCACAGGGCCCUCUACGGCCGGGGACUCUGAGGGGAAGCUGCGGAGUCCCUCGCCAGCACCUGCUUUCUU